AUGGGUCGGUUUUACCUGCUCCCACUUCCCCUGCCUCUGGCCUGCCUUCGGGCCAAUCGCAAAUGCAGCCCUCACCCCACCCCACCCAGAGCGCUCCCUCACCCGUUCUCUUGGGGAACUGGGGCAUGUGUCCAUAGAAGACUUCGGGGACUGGGGAAAGCCACGCCGGGAUCCGGACGCUCGAAAGGGCAGCCCCUCCCUAGGCUUUUCCCCGCGUCGCGGCGCCCACGUGACCGAGAACAGGUUACCGGCCCGCCCCUUUCGUCCGCUGCUGCCCACUUCCCGCUCGCGGUAAGUAAACCGCGGUUUUCCGCACCGCCCAACCCCGCCCUCCUCCUUUCCCCUUCCCUUCACCUCCCUCCGGCUCCCUCGCACCACUCUACCCGCCCCCCAUCUUCCCCACCGGGCCCUUUGUACGUGCUCGGCGGCGUGCGAGCGCGCCCGGCACGUGACCCCGCCGAACGUGGCAUUGUGUUAUCACGUGACCCAGGUGCGUACGCGACGGAGCGGGGUGUGAAGAUGGCGGACGAAGAGGCCGAGCAGGAGAGGUUGAGUCGCGGCGGAGGCGGCUGCGCCGCGGAGCUGCAGCACCUAGGCGAGCGGCUCCAGGAGCUGGAGCGGCAGCUGCGGGAGAGCCGGGUGCCGGCCGUGGAGGCGGCUACGGAGUACUGUCAGCAGCUGUGCCAGACACUCCUUGAAUAUGCAGAGAAAUGGAAAACUUCAGAAGAUCCUUUACCUUUAUUGGAGGUAUACACAGUGGCUAUCCAAAGUUACGUUAAAGCCCGACCUUACCUUACCUCUGAAUGUGAAAAUGUAGCUUUGGUUCUGGAACGCUUGGCAUUAAGCUGUGUUGAACUUUUGCUGUGUCUGCCUGUUGAAUUAUCUGAUAAGCAGUGGGAGCAAUUUCAGACACUGGUGCAGGUAGCUCAUGAAAAGCUGAUGGAGAAUGGCAGCUGUGAAUUGCAUUUUUUAGCUACUCUAGCUCAAGAGACUGGGGUGUGGAAAAACCCGGUACUGUGCACUAUUCUUUCCCAGGAACCAUUGGAUAAGGAUAAAGUGAAUGAAUUUUUAGCUUUUGAGGGUCCCAUCUUGUUGGAUAUGAGAAUUAAACAUCUAAUCAAAACAAAUCAGUUAAGUCAAGCAACUGCUCUAGCAAAGCUGUGUUCUGACCAUCCAGAGAUUGGUACAAAAGGUAGUUUUAAGCAAACUUACCUUGUCUGUCUUUGUACAUCAUCACCAAAUGAAAAGUUAAUCGAAGAGAUUUCAGAAGUUGAUUGCAAAGAUGCCCUAGAAAUGAUCUGUAACUUAGAAUCUGAGGGUGAUGAAAAAAGUGCUCUUGUCUUAUGUACUGCAUUUUUAUCACGUCAGCUUCAACAGGGAGAUAUGUACUGUGCUUGGGAACUCACUCUCUUUUGGAGUAAAUUACAGCAGAGAGUAGAACCAUCUAUUCAAGUGUACCUAGAAAGGUGUCGUCAACUUUCUUUGUUAACCAAGACAGUAUAUCACAUUUUCUUCCUGAUUAAAGUUAUUAAUUCAGAGACCGAAGGAGCUGGACUUGCCACUUGUAUAGAGCUGUGUGUAAAAGCUCUUCGCCUGGAAUCUACAGAAAAUACUGAAGUGAAAAUAUCUAUCUGCAAGACCAUUUCAUGCUUGUUGCCUGAUGAUCUGGAAGUUAAACGUGCUUGUCAACUGAGUGAAUUUCUUAUUGAGCCUACAGUAGAUGCAUAUUAUGCUGUGGAAAUGUUGUACAACCAGCCAGACCAGAAAUAUGAUGAAGAGAAUCUUCCAAUACCAAAUUCCCUACGCUGUGAGCUCUUACUUGUGUUGAAAACUCAGUGGCCCUUUGAUCCAGAAUUCUGGGAUUGGAAAACUUUAAAACGACAGUGUCUUGCAUUAAUGGGAGAAGAAGCAUCCAUUGUGUCUUCAAUAGAUGAAUUAAAUGACAGUGAGGUUUAUGAGAAAGUAGCAGACUACCAGGAAGAUAGUAAAGACACUUCUGUGAAUGGUGGAAUUGGUGCUAAUUCUGGCCUUCUUAGAGACAUUUGUGACGAAAAGCAGAAAAAGAGAGAGAUAAAACAGUUAAGAGAGAGGGGAUUUAUAUCGGCUCGGUUCAGGAAUUGGCAAGCCUACAUGCAGUAUUGUGUGCUGUGUGAUAAAGAGUUCCUUGGUCAUCGAAUAGUACGACAUGCUCAAAAACAUUACAAAGAUGGGAUUUACAGUUGCCCCAUAUGUGCAAAGAACUUUAAUUCUAAAGAAACUUUUGUCCCUCACGUCACGUUGCAUGUUAAACAAUCAAGUAAAGAGAGACUGGCAGCUAUGAAACCAUUAAGAAGGUUGGGAAGGCCUCCUAAGAUCACAGCUACCAACGAGAAUCAGAAGACAAAUGCUGUGGCCAAGCAGGAGCAGCGGCCGAUCAAGAAGAACAGUCUCUAUUCCACAGACUUCAUAGUGUUUAACGACAAUGACGGCUCAGACGAUGAAACUGAUGACAAAGACAAAUCUUACGAGCCGGAGGUGAUCCCAGUCCAGAAACCAGUACCUGUUAAUGAGUUCAAUUGCCCUGUCACUUUUUGUAAAAAGGGCUUUAAGUACUUUAAAAAUUUAAUUGCUCAUGUAAAAGGACAUAAGGAUAAUGAAGAUGCCAAGCGCUUUCUUGAAAUGCAAAGCAAAAAAGUUAUUUGCCAGUACUGUAGGCGGCAUUUUGUAAGUGUAACUCAUCUCAAUGAUCACUUACAAAUGCACUGUGGCAGUAAACCAUACAUCUGUAUACAAAUGAAGUGUAAGGCUGGUUUUAACAGCUACGCAGAGCUCUUAACCCACCGAAAGGAACAUCAAGUCUUUAGAGCAAAGUGCAUGUUUCCUAAAUGUGGCAGAAUUUUUUCAGAAGCUUAUUUACUGUAUGACCAUGAAGCACAGCAUUAUAAUACCUACACGUGUAAGUUCACAGGUUGUGGUAAAGUUUACCGUUCUCAGAGUGAGCUUGAAAAGCAUCUGGAAGAUCACAAUACUCCUGAAAAAGUGCUGCCUCCUGAAGACCAACUUAAUUCAGCCAGAGAUUCUGUUCAGCCUUCCAGAGUGAAUCAGAGUGCAGAAGGGAACGCCGAGAAAGAAAGAUCCAUGCUUCCUUCAGAAAACAGUGUUGAAAACACCAUCCCAGCUGAUAAAAGUGGUGCUUGGGAUAAAAGCAAGGCAGAAUCACCUGUGACCAAACAAGACCAGAUUUCUGCUUCGGAGCUCGGGCAGGCUGAUGGACCACUGCCAAAUGGUUUGGGAAACGCUGCUCCCACUCCUCUGCUUCAGGCCAGUGAAGUAGCCGUGUCCAUUAAGGUGUCCCUCAAUCAGGGGAUCGAGGAGAACUUUGGAAAGCAAGAAAACUCAACUGUGGAAAGCAGUGGUGAAUCACUGGUCACAAACUUACAUAUACCAGUUGAAAAUGCUUGUAGUGAUUUGUGUCACACAGAUUUCCAAGAGAGAAAGGAACAGGAUUGUUUUAAUGAAAUCCAGAUUACUCAGAAUUCUUUAGUGGCCUCAGAAGCCCUCAAGGUAGACGGCAUGACCACACAAAACUUAGAAAGACAAGUGAGCAACCUGAUGACCUUUUCUGUGCAAAACCAAGCAGGGUUUCAAAACAGUUUACCAACUCCCAAGUUUGAAUGUGGAGGUAAUGUUAAAACGUCAUCCAGUCUUUAUAAUUUACCUCUGAAGACGCUGGAAAGUAUCACAUUUGUUCCACCACAGCCCAACCUCAGUAAUUCUUUAGGAACUCCAUCAGUGCCUCCAAAAGCGCCAGUUCAGAAAUUCAGUUGCCAGGUUGAGGGAUGUACUCGAACCUACAACUCUUCCCAGAGUAUUGGGAAACACAUGAAGACGGCACACCCCGACCAAUAUGCAGCAUUCAAAAUGCAACGCAAAAGCAAAAGGGGUCAGAAGGCUAACAAUUUAAAUACACCAAAUAGUGGAAAGUUUGUUUAUUUUUUGCCAUCACAGGUGAGCAGCUCUAAUAAUGCAUUUUUUACACCACAGACCAAAGCCAACGGGAAUCCUACCUGUUCUAAUCAGUUGCAGCAUGUCUCGUCAUCCAUUUUCCCAGCUCAUUUAGCAAGUGUGUCAGCUCCACUGUUGCCCUCGGUGGAAAGUGUCAUAAAUCCAAGUAUACCUUCUCAGGAUAAAAAUGAACAAGGUGGUGGUCUCUUAUGUUCCCAGAUGGAGAAUUUAUCUAGCACCACCUUGCCAGCACAAAUGGAAGACCUAACCAAAACGGUUUUGCCUUUGAAUAUCGACAGCGGCUCAGAUCCUUUCCUUCCGUUACCUGCAGAAAGCACCUCAGUGUCUCUCUUCCCUUCACCAGCAGACAGUGGGACUAACUCUGUUUUCUCCCAACUGGAAAAUAAUACAAAUCAUUUUUCUUCACAGAUCGAAGGAAAUACCAAUUCCUCCUUUCUAAAGGGAGGAAAUGGUGAGAAUGCAGUUUUUCCUUCACAAGUCACUGUUGCAAAUGACUUCAGUGGCACUGGUACCCAACAGCCUGGACCGGAAAAAGUGAAAAAAGACCGCGGCCGGGGCCCAAAUGGGAAGGAAAGAAAACCUAAGCACAACAAAAGGGCUAAAUGGCCAGCAAUCAUCAGAGAUGGGAAAUUUAUCUGUAGCAGGUGUUACAGGGCUUUCACUAACCCCAGAUCUCUGGGUGGACACUUGUCUAAGCGAUCUUACUGUAAACCACUGGAUGGAGCAGAAAUUGCUCAAGAACUUCUACAGAAUAAUGGGCAGCCUUCUCUUCUUGCCAGCAUGAUUCUCUCCACAAAUACCGUAAACUUGCAGCAGCCACAACAGUCUACAUUCAGUGCAGAAGCAUGUUUUAAAGAUCCAUCAUUCCUGCAAUUUCUUGCUGCUGAGAACCGCUCCUCAACAUUUUUACCAAAUACAUUUCCUCGGACUGGUGUGACUAGCUUUAAUACAAGUGUUAGUCAAGAGGGAAGCGAAAUCAUCAAACAGGCUUUGGAAACUGCUGGCAUUCCCAGUACAUUUGAGGGUGCCGAUGUGCUCUCUCACGUCCCCACAGGUUGUGUCUCUGAUGCAACACAAGUAAACACAACAGUGAUGCCAAAUCCACCUGUGCCAACCCUGCUGCAGACAGUGUGCCACCCAAGCCCCCUGCUGACAGACCAGAAUGGGACACCAAACCCCAAAACUUCCUCCAUUGAGGAAUGCAGCAGUUUGCCUGUUUUUCCAACAAACGACUUACUACUAAAGACUGUUGAAAAUGGUUUGUGUUCUAGUUCAUUCCCUAAUUCUAGCGGGCCAUCACAAAAUUUUACCAGUAGCAGUUCACGUGUUUCAGUCAUAAGUGGUCCUCAGAACACAAGGUCUAGUCAUUUAAAUAAGAAGGGAAACAGUGCUUCUAAGAGAAGAAAGAAAGUUACUCCUCCACUAAUUGCCCCUAACACUCCCCAAAACUUGGUAACGAGUGACUUAACAGCAAUGGGACUUAUAGCAAAGAGUAUUGAGAUACCAACUACUAACAUUCAUUCCACUGUAAUUCCCAAUUGUGAACCUCAGGGUUUGGUGGAAAAUCUAACACAGAAAGUAAAUAAUGUUGACAAUCAGUUGUUUAUGACUGAUGUGAAAGAAAACUUCAAAACCAGUCUUGAGUCCCAUACAGUGUUAGCUCCUUUAACAUUAAAAACUGAAAAUGGUGAUUCCCAAAUGAUGGCUUUGAAUUCAUGCACACCUUCAAUAAAUUCUGAUUUGCAGAUCUCUGAAGACAAUGUCAUACAAAACUUUGAAAAGACUCUUGAAAUUAUUAAAAGUGCUAUGAAUUCUCAAAUACUUGAGGUAAAAAAUGGAUCUCAGGGUAUUGGUGAAACAUCACAGAAUGCUCAAAUAAAUUAUAACAUUCAGCUUCCUUCAGUAAACACUGUUCAAAAUAACAAGUUAUCUGAGUCGUCUCAGUUUUCCUCCUUCAUAGGUGUCAUGCCAACAAAAAGUAACAUUCCUCAGUCUGAAGUAUUACAUAAGGAGGAUCAAAUACAGGAGAUUUUAGAAGGCUUACAGAAAUUAAAAUUAGAAAAUGACCUGUCCACUCCAGCACCCCAAUGUGUACUGAUAAAUACAUCAGUGACACUGACUCCCACUCCUGUGAAAUCAAUUCCAAAUAUCACAGUUGUUCAGCCAGUUUCUGAAAUUAUAAGCAACAUUCAGUUUAAUGACAGAGUUAAUAAACCCUUUGUGUGUCAAAACCAAGGCUGUAAUUACAGCGCUAUGACAAAAGAUGCACUGUUUAAGCACUACGGUAAAAUUCAUCAGUACACUCCAGAGAUGAUUCUUGAAAUUAAGAAGAAUCAGUUGAAAUUUGCUCCAUUUAAAUGUGUAGUACCUACAUGUACGAAGACAUUUACAAGAAAUUCUAAUCUUCGGGCACACUGUCAGUUGGUGCAUCAUUUUACAACAGAAGAAAUGGUCAAAUUAAAAAUAAAAAGACCUUAUGGAAGAAAGUCUCAGAGUGAAAAUUCAUCAGCCCCACGAAUUACACAAGUAAAAAGACAGCUAGCUCUGACAGAGGAAAAUAAAAGGGAAUUCCAGCCUGCUUUAGAAUUGGGAGCAAUGAAAGAAAAUACCCUCAGUAAUAUAGCAGUGAUCCCAGAAAAACAACUUCUAGAAAAAAAAAGUCCUGAAAAAACGGAAAGUAGUUCUCAAGUGAUUGCAAUUACUUCAGAACAAUGUAAUGCAAAUCCUCUCACAAAUGUCCAAACCAAAGGACGGAAAGUUAGGAGACAUAGAAAAGAAAAGGAGGAGAGGAAACGCAAGAAGCCAGUUUCUCAGUCUCCAGAGUUUCCCACAAGAUACAGUCCCUACAGACCUUAUCGCUGUGUUCAUCAGGGUUGCUUUGCCGCUUUCACGAUACAGCAGAACUUAAUUCUGCAUUACCAGGCUGUGCACAAAUCAGAUCUACCUGCAUUUUCUGCAGAGGUUGAAGAGGAGAGUGAAGCUGGUAAAGAGAGUGAAGAAAUUGAAACGAAACAGACUGUGAAAGAAUUUCGAUGUCAGGUGAGUGACUGUUCUCGAAUUUUCCAAGCAAUUACUGGCCUAAUACAACACUACAUGAAGCUUCACGAGAUGUCGCCUGAAGAAAUUGAAAGUAUGACUGCUUCUGUGGAUGUUGGGAAAUUUCCAUGUGAUCAAUCAGAGUGUAAAUCUUCAUUUACCACAUAUUUGAACUAUGUUGUUCAUCUUGAGGCAGACCAUGGAAUCGGGGCCAGGGCAAGUAAAACUGAAGAAGAUGGCAUAUACAAGUGUGACUGUGAAGGCUGUGACCGAAUAUAUGCAACCCGGUCUAAUCUCCUCCGACACAUUUUUAAUAAGCAUAAUGACAAACAUAAAGCUCAUCUCAUUCGGCCACGAAGAUUAACACCUGGUCAGGAAAAUAUAUCAAGCAAAGCAAACCAAGAAAAGACUAAGUCUAAACACCGGGGGACAAAAUACAGAUCUGGAAGGGAAGGAGUCAAAAUGCCUAAGACCAAACGAAAGAAAAAAAAUAAUUUGGAAAACAAGACUGCAAAGAUUGUGCAGAUUGAAGAAAAUAAGCCUUACUCUCUGAAACGUGGAAAGCAUGUAUAUUCUAUAAAGGCUAGAAAUGACGCCUUGUCUGAGUGUACGAGCAGAUUUGUCACCCAGUAUCCAUGUAUGAUAAAGGGGUGUACAUCGGUUGUUACAAGUGAAAGCAAUAUAGUCAGACAUUAUAAAUGCCAUAAAUUAUCUAAGGCAUUUACAUCACAACACCGCAAUCUCCUCAUUGUCUUCAAACGGUGUUGCAGCUCACAAUUAAAGGAAGCUUCUGAGCAAGAGGUUGAAAAGAGUGGUGUGAAGGAUUCUGACACGAGUGUAUCAGAGAGCAAUGAUAAUGCAAGAACAGCUGUAGUUCCACAAAAGGACGUUGUAAAAAAUGAAAAAGAUGAAGUGGAUGAACUAACAGAAUUAUUUAUUACCAAAUUAAUAAAUGAAGACAACACAACUGUGGAGACCCAGCCUCAGACCUCUUCAGAUGUAAGUAAUGAUUUUAAGGAAAAUAACCCCUGCCAGUCAGAAAAACAAAAAGCAAGUAAUUUGAAGAGAGUUAAUAAAGAAAAAAAUGUCUCCCAAAAUAAAAAGAGAAAAGUUGAAAAAGCUGAACCAGCACCAGCAGUUGAAUUAAGUAGUAUACAUAAGGAAGAAGAAACUGCUGUUGCAAUUCAAACCACUGAGGAUCACCCUGCAUCUUUUGACUGGAGCUCAUUUAAACCAAUGGGAUUUGAGGUAUCAUUUCUCAAAUUCCUGGAGGAGUCUGCAGUGAAACAGAAGAAAAAUACCGACAAAGAUCAUCCCAAUAGUGGGAGUAAAAAAGGAUCCCAUUCAAAUUCAAGAAAAAAUGUCGACAAGACUGCUGUGACUAGUGGAAAUCAUAUAUGUUCUUGUAAAGAAAGUGAAACUUUUGUACAGUUUGCCAAUCCAACACAGCUCCAGUGCAGUGAUAAUGUAAAAAUCGUUUUAGACAAGACUCUGAAAGAUUGCACUGAGCUUGUCUUAAAGCAGCUUCAGGAAAUGAAACCUACCGUCAGUCUGAAAAAACUUGAAGUACGUUCAAAUGAUCCAGAUGUGUCUGUUAUGAAAGACAUCAGUAUGGGCAAAGCCACAGGGAGAGGGCAGUACUGA